UCUAAAUCUAUCAUGGCUUCCCUGCUACAGGAUAUACUGUAUGAAGUCCAGGGCCAAGCCCCUGCUCCCAACAAAGACUUCCACCAUCUCAUCAUCACAAAAACUCAGGUAAUACUAAGAUCCUGGAAGAUUUCUGUCCGUGCUGAGCACAGAAAAGUUUUGCCACGAGAAGUAAAAAAAACGCACAGUGAAUUCUUGGAGGACAGUGGCUUUCAAAAGCAGGUACAAAGGAUCUUUGGCAAGGACACAGUGGAAUAUGUGCUCAGUAUGUGCAGGGGAAACUGUGAUUUCAUAGUCCGACUCCCAGAUGAUCUCAAGAUUCGUAUUUUGUCUUUUCUUGACACAAAUGACAUCAAAAAUACAUCAGAAACAUGCAGAGCUUUUCAGAAGUUGUGCAGCACUGAGGAGUUUUGGGAAAAAAUCAAAGCAAGGCAAGAGAAACGUAUGAGCACUGUUUCCCGACUUGGCUUUCCAGGUUCUCUAAAGAUAAGGAAUACAAAGCAAAUGUCAGAGCAUUUAGCCUGGAUGCAGAGAAGAAGAAGCACUUUGUUUUGAAGAAAAGCGAGUAUUCCAACAAGAACACAUAAUAAAAUCCUUCAAAUCAGCCAUGUUAGCAGAGAACUAAACCCUAAAAAUGAAUAUGGCUAAAAAUGCCAUAUUUUAUAUACUGAUCUUACUGCACCAGUCUAAAGAUUCUCUAUACUGUUCGAGGCCUUGUCACAGAAGUUCCUAUUUUGUUAGGAGUGUCAGUGACACUUAUAUGCUCAGUAUGCUCUGGGCAGCUGUUGAGAAGCUAAUGAUUAAAUUCUGAUAUUAACGGCACUGCUUUUAGAGCCCCGAUUGUGAAGACAUACAAUUUCUUUAAAAAACAAACAAACAAACAAACAAACAUGUUUUUAUCCAGUGUUUUAACCCACAUUAGGGCCUUUUAUCAGGGUCCUUGAUAAAGGUCUUAGUAUGGGCCAAAACGUUGGAUACACAACUGUGCUGAAUAAAGUACCAUCAUUCACAAGAAAUGGAGUCCUGGUCAUUCUAUAUCAUAUUAUGACUAAGCACACAAUAUCAGAUUGAAUACAGACAUUCACUAUGUAUAUAUAAAAUAUGUUUUCAAUAGAAAAAAAAAAUAUAUUCCAACAAACUUUUUGUAAUCCCACUGUCCAUUUGGAGCAGGCAUGUUUUUGACUUCUUAUAUCAGAACUGAGACUCAAGAAGUUGUUAACACCAAAAGAAAUAAAUCCACAUUUGUCUGAUUCAGUGGAAGAAACAGAUAUUCCUAAAAAUGUUAGGCAAGUUGCUUCAUACUGCAAACUCCUACUCUGCCGUUUGAAUGGUGUGGCUCUUAUUCAUGCUACGUUCCUCAGAAUUGUUUGUAGAGGACUCAAAUACUUAUUUUCCACUUCAGUUAAAAACACGUUUCCCCCAUAAACCUGAUGUUCUCUGGUUUUAUCUUGAUUUAUUCUAUUUAUUCUAUCUUUUUAGUUUAUAUAUAUAUAUAUAUAAUUUUGAGUUGUAUGUUUAUCAUGUGUGACUUUUUUCUUUAUUUUUAAAAUAAAUCCAAUAAAAAGUUAUCAAAAAA